GCAAAAAAAUUUAUCUGAAGUUUUACUCUGAGGAAAUAAUUAUUUUUAUUGGAAAAAAAUUUAUUUUUGCAAGUCAUCAAAAUGGCAAUUAUAAUCAACAAAAACCGCAUCAUCAUAAAUAUCAUCCUCGUGUCCGUUUUAUUAGUCCUUUUGACAUCUACUGUGGAUUCUUCAAUAGCCUCACAAGAUAUCUUGCCACAUCCUUGCGAUAAUAUUAAAUGCCCUCCACUUUCGGAGAUUACUUGCCCAGAAGACAGCUUUGUACGCGAAAAUUUGGAUAUGAAUAAUAACGAUAUCUUGCCACCAUCUGGCAGCACCGAAGAACCACAUAAUAUAACUGAUGUCGAAGACGAGUUAUAUGCACAAUGUUGUCUGUCGAAGAAAUGCUUGUGUAAAACUUGUUAUAUACCAGAUUGCCAUAGCGUUGAAGAAGUCGUUAUCGAACUAAUACCAGAGUCAAUGGAAACACCAGGUCACUGUUGUGGUCAUUAUGAGUGCCAUAAGGAGCCAAAUUGCACUGAAGUCACCAAAACAGAAAAUUAUUGGCUAACAGAUUGUCAACGAUGCAAAUGCUACCAUGGCGAAAGAAUUUGUCAUCAAAGUUGUGAUGAAGGUAUUAAGAAGCCCACAGCAAUAUGUAACUCCAAGAAUUUAAACACAUUUUUCGAGCAUGGUGACAGCUGGAAAGAUGGUUGUUAUGAAUGUGAAUGUGUGCACGGUGAAGAGAAGUGCGUUAUGCCUUUCUGUAGAAGUGUAAAUUGUCCAACAUAUAGACAAGUGCUGAUAAAGGAUAGCUGUUGUCCAAUUUGUUGGCCGAAAGGUAUACCCAUGCCAAAUGGUGAUGAAGACUACGAAGAAGAUGAUACAGAACCAGAUACAGAAGGUGAAUCUGGCAGUAAUGUAUACCAUGAAUCUGAUGAAACAUUACCACAACCUACAGAGAGUAAUGCAGGAAAUGAAUUUGAUACUUUACCCAACAUUAUUUUUGAUAAUGAGGAACCAGAAAAUAUCUCCAAAAAUUCAACAGCAAAUGGUACAUCUUUUGGUGCCGGUAAUGUUGCUACUCCACCUUGUGCACGGCAAAAUGAAGCCGCAACUAUACAAAUCUACCCAGAAAUUGUUGAAGUGGUGCAUCAGACACACGAAAAUGCAUACCUCUAUGCUAUUAUCGGUUUCUUGACAUUACUUGCAGUGUUUUUGGGGAUUUGGAAUUUCAAUUUACGUGCUAAGCAACGCUGCUACAGGCCAGUUUCACACUUCGAUGACAACUUCAACAAAACAUCAUCCAACAUCAAGAAAAUCAAUGUUUAAAUAAAUAACUAAUAUUAAUAUUGUUUUAUAGCUAUUUGAUGUGCUGCUGGUUUUAGCAUAGGAAUUUGUAUUAUUUAAUUUAAAUUUAAGUUCAUAAGGUUCAUGCCUAAGUAGUUAAGUGAGUCUUUGGAAAGGAAAAUGUUUUUUAGUUUUGCCAAAUAUUUCGUAUAAACUGCGUUUUGAAAACAUUAUUUUGCCUUGCUUAUUUGGCUAUCAUUUUAUU